AUGGACACGGCGUCGCUGGGAGGUCUCUGCUAUCUGGCGGGCCAGGUGGUGAGCGAGUGCGAUGUGGGGCACGGCUCGCCACGGGGCAGCAAGCGGCCGUUGGAGGAAGCGCUGACGGCUCUGCGCAAGGGCGCCCUGCUGCUCAAGCAUGGGCGGCACGGCAAGCCCAAGGUGCACUUCUUCCGGGUGUGUGGUGCCGACACGCAGCUCAAGUGGCGCUCCGCCUCUGGCUCGGUCAAGCAGGUGAAGCUGCGCAAUGUGAGCGAGGUGGUGGCGGGGCAGGCGACGGAGGUGUUCCGGCGGUACCCCCUGCGGGAAGGCGCCGGCUCCUUCUCUCUGCGGUACCGUGCCGAAGACGGCACCAGCCGCACCCUGGACCUCACCGCCACCGACGAGCAGCAGUUUGAGCUGUGGUUCACGGGCCUGAGGGUGGUGGCCGCCCGGCUGCAAGCGCUGGGCACGCCCGUGGCGGCGCUGCCGCCCAGCGGCCCCGGCGGCCUGUCGCCUGCCGAGCUGGCGCGCUGCGUGGGCAUCCGCAUGCAGGAGGCCUCCGGCCCCGUGUGCGUGCCUGUGCCGGAACGAACGCCGUGCGACCUGCUGGCCUGGGGCUCCGCUCAGCGAGCGCCCCCCGUCUCCAUGAGCCUUCGCUCUGUGAUGGGCGUGGUGGAGGACUGCUGGCAGCACCGCAGCCUGCCGGGGCUGGCCCCGGGCGGCGGCCACCUGGACGUGUACCGCGCCGCUGUCGGGCGCAAGCACGCCGCGCUGGUCACCGCCACGGGCGCCGUGUACUGCUGGGGCGAGGGGCGCGGCGGCAAGCUGGGGCUGGGCCACGACCAAGACCAGGCGCAGCCGCUGCGCAUCCGCCACGGCCUGCAGGGGCAGUGCGCGGUGGCGGUGGCCUGCGGCGACGACUGCACCGCCGCGCUGACAGACGGCGGCGAGCUGUUCAUGUGGGGCCGCCUGCACGUGGACAGCCGCCCGCAGCUGGUGCCGCUGCAAGUGCGGGGCGACCUGCGCGGCCGCAAGGUGGUGCAGGUCUCCUGCGGCCCCUUCCACUGCGCCGCCGUCUCCUCCGACGGCCAGCUGUUCACGUGGGGGGAGGGCUUUGGGGGCAAGCUGGGGCACGGCGACCAGGCCAACCGCGCGCACCCCUCGCUAGUGCAUGCGCUGGCGGGGAGGCAGGUGCUGGAGGUGGCGUGCGGCGUGUGGCACAGCGCGGCCAUCGUGUCGGAGCCAGAGGGCAGCCCCUAUGCGCCCCUGGCCCUGGCCGCCGCCGCGCACCACAGCCCGCUCAAGGCGGAGAGCAGCGCGGAGGGUGCGUCCGCGGGCGGCGGCGGGGAGGGGGCGGGCGCGCCGCCCGCCAGCCCCGCGCACCUGCCCGCGGCGGCGCACCACCACCGCAACAACAGCACAAGCUCCGCCUUCUCAGAGGCGUCUGUGUUCCACGACGGCGUCAGCGGCGCGCUCUACACGUGGGGGGCGGUCAGCGAGAGCGUGGCGUUCGGCGCCAGCGAGAAGCGGGACAGCAACAAGGGCUGCCUGGGGCACGGCGACGGCGACCUGUACCGUGGCCAGCUGCUGCCCACGCGCGUGGGCGGGGCGCUGGAGGCGCGCCAAGUGCGUCACGUGGCGGCGGGCUCCCACCUGACGGUGGCUGUCACCACCGGCGGCCGCGUGUUCCAGAUGGGAGCCACCGGCGCCUCGGGUCCCGCCCGGCACUGCCCCUGGGAGGGCGCCACGCUGCCGGAGCUCGUGCGCGGCGCGCUGCAGGGCUACUUUGUGGAUGAGCUGUGCUGCGGCAUGCACCACGCGGCGGCCACCGGCCGCCCUCUGGACCGCAAGCUGGGGCGCCCCGCCGACCACGCGCCGCGCGCCGCCUUUGCCUGGGGCCGCGGCUCCGAGGGGCAGCUGGGCGUCAAGGGCUUUGACGACUCUACUGCCCCGGUGCUGGUUGAGGGGCUCAAGGGGCGCCAUGUGCUGCAGGUCGCCUGCGGCGGCAGCAACUCGCUGGCGGUGUGCGAGCACGAUGUGCGGCGGUGGGAGCCGGACAGCAAGGAGGAGGCGGAGGCGGCCAGCCGGGCGCUGUACGCUCUGGCUUCCGAGCCCAGGCAGGCGCGCGGGCAGGGGCAGGGGCAGGGCGAGGGCGAGGCGGCGGCGGCGGGUGGGCCCGCGGGCCGCUCAGACAGCCGGCGCGCCAGCGAGCGCGCCAGCAUGGGCAUCGUGCGGCGCAGCUUCAGCAUGAUCGGCACCCGCUCUCAGAGCAUCAGCGGCGGCUCCGGCGGCGGCGGCGGCGGCGGCGGCGCCAUCGGCGGCCCGCCCGACCUGGCCCGGCUGAGCAGCGGCAGCGGGCGCAGCGUGCACAGCCUGGGCGGCGCCAGCGCGGCCGGCAGCGCGCGCGGCGGCGGCGUCGCAGCCGCCCACCACCCCUCCUUCACCCAGACCUACUCCUUCAUGGCCGCCCACGGCCCCCGCUCCAGCCUGCAGCACCAGCAGGCGCACGCGGCGGCGCUGCCGCAGCCGCCCAAGCUGCAGCGCAUGCGCUCCGACCGCACCACCGGCAGCGCGGUAUCCGCCGGUACCGCCGGUACCGCCAUGCAGCGCAUCGUGUCCAUCGGCUCGCCCGUCAAGUCUGCGGCGCACAGCCACAGCGGCGGCAGCCACGCCGCACGGCGCAGCACCUACGCCGGCGGCUUUGGCGGGCCGGGCGGCGGCGCGGGCAUGGUAUCCGCCCGCAGCUUCACCGCCGGCAUGGGCGGCUACGGCGGCUAUGCAGGCGGCGGCGCGCCAUCCGACAUGAGCAGCCUCUCCUCCUGGCAGCACCGCCCGUUGUCGGAAGACGGCGUCGGCGGCGUGGAGAACGAAGCCGACAGCGGCGGCGGCGGCGCGCUGGCCGGCGGCAACCGCCGCGUGUCCAGCGCUGACCUGGCGGCCGCGCUGGAUGACAUGCGCUCGGGCAGCAGCUCGCUGGCGCUGCAGGAGGAGCUCGCGGAGAAGAACCGCAUCAUCGACAGGCUGCAGCGCACCCUGGACAAAAUGCAGCGCCAGCAGCAGCAGCAGGCGGCGCAGCAGGCGCAGCAGGCGCAGCAGGGCGGCGGGCCGUCGACGGCGCCGCGCGCCGCCUCUGCCGCGGCAGACGCCGAGAAGCAGCUGAGGGAGGCGGUGCGGGCGUCGGCCGGCGCCUUUCGGGAGGCGCAGCUGGGCGGCGGCUCGCCCCCGCAGCAGCAGCGCUCCGAGGGCAGCAGCGGCGGGCGGCCGCGGGUGGCGUCAGCCCAGUGCGCGUCCCCCGCGGCCAGCGCCGGCGCCGGCGCCGCAGAGGAGCAGCAUGCUGAGCUGGCGGCCAUGGAGGCGCUGUUGGCGAAGAAAGAAGCGCACCUGGAGGGGCAGCAGGCGCAGCUGGCGGCCUGGGCCGCUGAGCUGCAGCGGCGGGAGGUCGCGCUGGCGUGGCAGCAGGCCGCGCUGGUGGGCGCAGGCGGCCGGCCGGUGGGCGUCACCUGGGCGCCGGCGCCAGGGGGCAGCCCCACCAGCGCCGGCGCCGUCCCGGAGCCCAUCCCAUCAGAGUCCCCCACCCUCUCUGGCCGGGCGCUGGCCCCAGCUCCAGCCGCGGCGGCGCUGCCUAGGGCCGCCCCUCCCGCUGCUGCACCCGCGGCGCCACCGCGGGCGCUUGCGGCCGCAGCGGCGGCGCCGGCAUCGCUGGCGGCCCACCCCGUGGCUGCCAGCAGCACGGGCAGCGCCAGCGGCACGCAGCCGGGCUCGCCGGCGGCGGCCGACGAGUGGACGGAGGAGUUUGAAGAGGGCGUCUUCCUGACCUUCACCUCAGAGGCAGGUGCCAAGAAGCUGCGCCGCAUCCGCUUCAACCGCUCCCUCUUCUCCGCCACCAGCGCCAAGCAGUGGUAUGAGGUCAACAAGCACCGGCUGGCGCAGCCCACAGGCACCCCCCGCGUGGCAGGCGGCGCCCCCACUCCGCCUGCACCCGCCGCCGCCGCCGCCGCCGCCGAUGGCACCGGCACCGCUGGCGGCUCGCGGCCCGGCACGCCCUUGGCGCUGCCUGCCGGCCCGCCGCCGCCGGUGCAGGGCCCUGAGGAGGGGCGGGGGCAGAAGGGCCAGGCCGCCAAUGGCGCCGCGCAUCUGGCGGCGUCGGAGGCAGAGGCGCAGGCGGUGGCGGGGCUGCUUCACUACCGCCAGACCAGCCGCAACCUCAGCUUCGACGCCCGAGAGCUCGCCGCGUUCAAUGAGCGGCUGCAGCAGGCGCUCGCGCCGCCCUCGCAGCAGCAGCAUGCGGGGCAGGGCGGCGGCGGCGGCGGCGCGGCCGCGGGCCUGCCGCUGCCGCACCGGCCGGCCAGCCGGCUCAGCAAGCCGCCGCUGGCAGGCUUGGCGGCCGGCAGCGAGGCCGCGGGCAGCGGGCAGGCGUCGCCCUUUGCCGCCGCCGCCACGCCUCGCAGGCAGGAGCCGGGGGAGGCUGCGGGCGGCGCGGCGGCGGCCUCGCCCUUGCUGUCGCCAUCCCCGGGUCUGGGCGGGGAGGCCAGCCGGGAGUGGAAGUCUGCCCACAGCAGCCCCUUCACUGCAGACUCCUCCCACGCCGCCAGCCGCGAGGCGUCUGUCACGCCAGGCGAGCAGGGCGGCAUCCGGCGCGGCAGCUACUCUGCCAGCGGCGGCAGCAGCCCCAUCCGCGCGGGCAGCCGCUCGGGCAGCCCACUGAGCAAGCACCACAGCGUGGCCAGCAGCUCGCUGGCCAAGCAGCUGAGCAGCUCGGUAUCGGAGCUGGCCAAGUAUACGCCUCGGGCGGUGGCCGCCGGGGAUCCGCAGCCGCAGCAGGCGACGGGCGCCGGCGUCAGCGAGCGCAGCGCCAGCGGCGGCAGCCAGGCCACCGCCUCCCCAGACGCGGCCAGCGACGGCAAGCGCUCCCCCUCUGGCUUCUCGGCGAAGAUGAGCCGCAUCCGGCGGUCGCUGACGGGCGGCGGCGGCGGCUCGGGAAAGAAGGCGUGA